CCCCCUCCCCCCUAUAGGGAGAGGGGCAGGCUGGCGGACGAGUGCUACGGAUCAAUCACAUCCUGGAGGUGGGAGCGCCGCCCCCCUCCCGCCUACCCGCUGCCGCUGCCGCCUCUGGAGAUCCGGCUCCCGGGCGAGUUCCCACGGCCGGUGGGCAGCGGUCGCAGCAGCAGGCGGGGACAGCAGCGGGGAGGGGCCACGGGAGUGCUCAAGGAGGCGCUGCUUACUUAACGUUGCCCACGUGCGAGAACUGGGUGGGAAGAGAGGAGGGAGCUUCCCCCCCCCCCCGCCCCCCCGCACCAACACACACACGGGGCUAGACGGCCGGAGGUAGAGCGAGAGAAACCGAAGGGAACCAGAGGGGGGUAGAGACGCCGUCGGCCAUCGGAGGGAGACGGGGGCGGGGAAGGGAAGAAGAGAAGAGUUCUGGGCUUUUCCAUCCGUCCCGGGUCUCGCGGGGCGCCCGUCGCCUCCCCUUUCGCCCCCUCCCGGAGAGGCGAUGGCUUCCAAACUCCUGCGGGCCGUCAUCCUGGGCCCCCCGGGCUCAGGCAAAGGGACCGUGUGCCAGAGGAUCGCCGACAGCUUUGGCCUCCAGCAUCUCUCCAGUGGCCACUUCCUUCGGGAGAACAUCAGGACAGACACGGGCUUUCCUCGGACAUUAACGCAGGCAGAAGCACUGGACAAAAUCUGUCAGCCGGACCUGGUGAUCAGCUUAAACAUUCCGUUCGAAACGCUCAAAGACCGGCUCAGCCGGCGCUGGAUUCAUCCUCCAAGCGGGAGGGUCUACAACAUGGAGUUCAACCCCCCUCAAGUACAGGGCGUUGAUGAUGUCACCGGUGAGCCGCUGAUCCAGCAGGAGGAUGAUAAACCCGAGGCUGUGGCUGCCAAGCUGAGGCAGUACAAGGAGGUCGCAAAGCCUGUUAUAGAAUUAUACAAGACACGGGGUAUCCUUCACUCCUUCUCUGGGACAGAAACUAACAAAAUCUGGCCAUACGUUUACUCGCUGUUUUCCAACAAGAUGGCGUCUAUUGGAGUAAAAGAAGCCUGAUGAGCCUAUAACAUGGAAGAACAAGGAAGAUGUGGUUGUUCAUUAAAUUGUGUGUGUAGUAUCGGUGCUGUGUUCAAAUUAGAAGCUAAUCGAGAUCACUUGAAGCGCCUUCCUCGGUUAUCCCAGGGAGUGGAUGUCAAAAUGAUUCUAUAUAGAGAGGUGACCAGAAAGUAGGGCCCUCUUCCACUUAGGAAGGAAGUCUCAAAUGGUGUAAAAAAGACUCGACAUUUGUCCGGACCCCCUACAUGAGAGCAGGCUGUCCAGGUACCAGGUCCUGGAUGACUUACCUAACCUGCAACUCUUUGGGAACAGGCAUGUGGUUUUCCAUCAUGGCAUCCUCAGGGAGGUGGUGAUGGGCAGCGGUGGGACAGUGCCCCCCAAGGGCUGCCAAGCCAAAAGCCUGUGGACUGGAGGCCUCCAAGAGCUGUGGCCCCAUCCUGAUCACAGAUCCUCUGCCUCUGUCUUCACCCUUGUAGCUAAUGCCAGCUAUUCCCAUUGGGUCUGUCAGAUGGUUCUCUGGGAUUCAUUCUGGUUGACAUCUGCUUCCCUUUCCUUCCUGUGGGAGGUGAAUGCUCUCUCUCAGGCUCCUCCAGCUGCAGAAGAUUUUUUUCCCAUGCCCUGUGGGAAGAAAGGCCUAAGGACCUCUUCCUCCACUGCUCCUCAGCUCCCUCCUUUCCCAAGAUGCCCAUAUCUAAUAGUAGAGUUGGCCAUCCCUUUGAAACCUCUAGACAUCCUCUGAGGGUGGAAUGAAUAGAAUCCACCCAUCCCCCAGGGACUGAAUCAUCCAUGGGGACCGUGACCCCCAGCUUUGACUCCCCCUGUGGUACACAGCUCUCUUCCUUUCAUGGAAACUGAGGUCCCUCAAAACCUCUCACAGAGUACCCAUACAUCAUCUCAAGUGCUAAAGACCACAUCUCAAAUAUUAAAGCAGUAAAAAAAAAAUUACAGCAACUUUGCUAGAGGCAGUGUGGUAUAGUGCAUAGAGUGCUGGCCUUGGAGUCAGGAAGGUCCCAGUUCAAGCCCCCCUUCUACAGAUAGACACUCCCUGGCUGCAUGAUCCGGGCAAGCCACUUACCCUCUGCCUGCCUCAGUUUCCUCAUCUGUAAAAUGGAAAGAUUGGAUGGGAUGACCUCCAAGGUCCCAAUUCGAAAUUUUGGAUCCUACCAGAGUAAAGAGAUGUUCUAGUUACUAUUCAAAAUAAACCAUAUUAGAGAGAUGCUGCUAAAUGUUAGUGCAGGGCACUGGGAGAGAGCCCUAUAGCCUCUUGUGAAGAAAGCCUCAGCACUAGCUAUGCCUAGGCCCAGUAUGAUAGCUUUAAUACUAUAGGAUGGAGGGUAUCCAUAUGGGGUUGGGGGAAAAGAUCCCAAAGGAUUAGUCCCCUCUCCUUAUUUUCCAAGACAAGGACAUUUAUUCCUGCUGCCUUAUGCCUCACCAGUGUCCUCUGCCCAUGACUGCGAGGAACGGGGAGAUUUUCCACCAGGAGAUUGUUUGCUAGUGUUUCUGGAAAGGACCCCCUCCCCCCAUGGGACCCUGCACACCACUGGGAAGAAGGACCCAUUUCAGCACUUUGGUCAAUGGAGCUGAAAGUUGCUCUAUACUCAGUGGAGCUUCCUUGAUAUCUAAGCAACGCCCCUUUCAUUUGGUGUCUUAGCAUCAGUGAACUGGAUAUUCUAGACAUUAAAAAAAAAAGGACCCACCCAGCUUCUUGCCAAAUUCUUCCCUUCUCCUCUUUGCCCUCCUGAUGGAUUCUAUUGGUUGUGUUCUCUUCCAGCUGUCUUGGUGGGGAGCCAAGUUUUCUACUGUUUUAUUGGGUGAGUGGGUGGGUGGUGGCGAUGGAAAGGGAAUGUUAAUUUUUAUGAUUUGUGUAAUUAAAAUGCCCGGUAUGGGUUUCUGGAAUGUGGUCAUUGCCUCAUGUUGCCUCCACAGACCUCAGGGAGGAAGGAUGUCUGAAUGACAGGAGAGAGCUCCAGGUGUGUACCAGGUGUAUCAGCUGCUCCUAGACAGAAGUCCUUGUGGCAGUGAAGGAAAAGUCUGGGAACGUGGCAGUAAGCCAGCAUUUAUAAGGAAAGAGCAAAACACUAGAGCAACGGCAGCAGGAAUAGGAGCAGUUCUAUGUAGUGCUUUAAAGUGCUUUGUCUAAUGCUUCAUGUACAUUUCGCAGAUUGCUAUCUCCCACCUCCACACCUUUGCACAGGAUGUCCUUCCAUGCUUUCUCAUCUUUUCCUUUUGAAACUCCUAGCUCCCUUCUAAGGCCUGCUCAAGUGAUACCUCCUUGAUGAGACCUUUCCUGAGCUCAAUUAUCUCUCUCUGCAGCCAUCCCGCCACCUAUCACUUUGCAUUUAUUUUGUAUCUGCCUGUAUCUACUUGUCUGUGAACAUAGAUGUCCAUGACAGAAUGUAAGAAUCUUUCUCAGCCUCGAUUUCCUUAGCACCUGCCUCCCUGAGUCGUGCAAAUCACAUGAAAUGACAUUUGUAAAGUGCUUUGCAGACUCCAAAGCACAAGAGAGAUGUUAUCUUUUAAACUCCUUUAGAGCAAGAAAUCACCGGUUCCCUUUUGUUUUUUCUGCCCCGCACUUUGUUCCUGCUUGUUACCCGGUAGACACUUAGUAAAUGCUUUUACAGAUUGACCGAUACUAGGGGUUGUGAAAGAUGAAGGUUGUUCCCUUUCUUGGGAGAA